UUUAAAAGGAAAUAUAAAUAAUAAUGUAGCAAAAGGAACACAUUACUUGUAAGUUGUGUCAUUUUCAAUUGUUCUGUGAUGUAAAGUUAGAUGUAUAUGUCCUUAGUUUUGAACGGGUAUGUCACAAUGAAGGAUUAAUAGAUAUUCAAUAUUGUCCGAAAACGAUGAAAGGUUCGAAGGGGUCCAAAAAUUAGAAACAUGAUGGCGUAAUCAGGAUAGUUUGUCAACAGAAACACAGAGGGCUAUUAAUAUAAUGUGUACUGAAGAUGAGACCCAAUAUCAUGGAAUUCAUGCAGUGAGAAAUGGAUCACUUGCAUGAGGGGUUACAGAAAUGAACCGAUUGACAUUCUCUACAAUUCUUGUUUCAAAGAAUGUUCGGAAAAUACUUUUCAAAUAAAAAGAACAUGGAUGAGAUUGAUUCAAAUGACACAAAGAAACAAGGACGUGGAGAUGCACCGUGGUUGAAUAAGAGAGUGGGAAAUGCUCCAAGAAGAAGCAGGAUAUUGAAUAUUAAUGACUAUGAUAAUGAUCCUGAAUCAGAUGUUGUCGAUACCGAAGAUAUUCAGAGACAAAUGGAAGUGAUCUCCAAUAGACGAUCGAGACCGAUGAAUGAGAGAGAAUGUACAGUGAAAGUCGAUGUUACUGGUAGAGAAAAUUUGGGACUAGACAGAAAAGCAAGUUAUCAGGUGAUUAGCGAUGAGUUUGAUGACAGUAUGGGAUUUCCACAACAAAAUAGGAUACGACCAACAAGGGGAGAGCAGGCAGACAUGGGAUCAGUAUCGCAGGAGUUGCGGGACUUGACAGUAAGGGACUCUGUGGGCUUACAGCAAGGUAGCGGUGUUUGUAGAAAUAGCUUUGGAAGAAGGAGGAGUUUCAAUUCUGAAUUUGAUGAUGAUGAAGAAGCUAUGGAGAUCAAGGAACUGAUGAAGAAGAAGACAAUAUCUUCAACAGAGGGAAGGAAAAUGCUAUUGGAAUGCCAGAGACGGCAAGAUAUGAAGAAAGGUGCUAUACAUGGGAACUACACAGAAUCAAAUAGGAGUGGUGUGGAUUCUCAAAGACGAAGGAGUCUCGAGCUGGGUAGUGAUGAUGAAGAGGCUGAAGAAAUUAAAGAACUGAUCAGGAAUGAGACAUUGUCAGCUUUGGAAGGCAGAAAGAGGCUCCAGGAUCUACAAUCACGGAGAAUCAUUAAUCGAGGUCCCUCCCAAACUAACCAGGGAAUGGACAGUCCACAUACUUUUGGUUCUGACGGAUUUCCUCAAAACUGGAGCCGAGACAGUCAGAUGUCCCAUUCCGAGUUUAAACUGGUCCCCCUGUGUGAUGGAGACAAGGAGUAUGAACAGAUAUACAGCGAGAUGGAACAAGCGGGACUGGAUGUGGUGAGAGUGGAAAGGUUACAGAACGUGGAUUUGUUGGAGAAGUUCAAGUCAGAAAUGAUGCAUAUGGCAAGGAGGAAAAAUCAGGAUGAGGAUUUGAAUAUCAGAUACUUGUACCAUGGCACUUCUGUGGACAAAACCUGCAUCUGUGAGGAGGGGUUAGAUCAGAGACUGAGCAGGAUGGGGUUUUUCGGUAAAGGAAUCUACUUUAGUGAUAAUCCCUUAAAGUGUGUGAACUAUGCGGGGAGUUCUGAUAGGAAAGGCGAGUCUUACCUCCUCAAAUGCCGUGUUAUUCUUGGAGAUCAAAAGUGUUACAGAAAUGGCGAGUACAACACCAUGUUGAAGCGAGAACCAGCGAAAGAGAAUCCCAGACCCGGUUCCUGGAAGUUCUAUGACUCAGUGAUGGGCUGUCCAAAAGAUUUAAAUGAGUAUGUGAUUUAUGAGAAUAGGAGAGCCAUGAUUGAUUACAUCAUCACCUUCAAGGUCAGCCAGCAAGGUCAAGACACAUUACGAGAGAGAAUCCCUAGUCCUAUAUUUGAUAUGCAGGGAAGAGAGACAGGCUUUAUGGGAGUUAGGGGUGUUGGCAGUGAAGAUGAACAUUUUGAUAGAAUCAGCCAGGUGAGGGAAGCCAUCAGAAGAAAGCGAUGUGAGGAGCGAGGGCAAGACUAUGAAAUUCCUGACGAGGAAAAGAAAAGAAAGGACAAAGAAAUGUGGCAGCGAUUGCAGAAAUUACAUAACGUGGAUGCCAGCACCUUGCCAAGUUUAGAAGAGAAGACGGCUAAAAUGAGACAUGCUGCCAGCGAGCCUCAGUUUCAACCAGAGAAUCCGGAGGGAGAGUUUACAGAGUGUGCAGCCAACACGACAGUGUUUCCCCAUUCCCAGAGCUUUACUUACGGUUCUGGAGAUGAUGAAGUCGAGCAGGUAAUGAGUUCACUCAUCAGUGAGUUCAUGGAAGUGACCAGUUGUGAGAACUCGGAGACCGCACGACACUACAUCGACAAAUGUCAAAUGAACAUCGAUCAGGCCAUCGUCUGUUACUAUGAUGACAUGCCUUAAUGAUACUUUCAAGAAUCUUAUUUUUGUGAAAAUGGAAGUACAUUCAGAUUUGUUAUUAGGAAUACUUGUUUGAUGGUGAUCACAACUUACUUUCGUAUCCUCCCUAGUCAGUUGUUCAGGAGUCUAGUUUUUCAUCUCUCAUAUUUCACAUGUGAAUUUCUUCUGACAAGACCUUUCUUUUUGUACCAAACCUUUUCACCUCGUGACCUUCACUUUGGAGUUUGACCUACAUUUGAAAGACUUUAACUUUGGCCACAACGCUUAGUGCUAGUUAAAACAUGUACCCAGGUUUCAUGUAUUACAUGUAUAUUCCUUGUGACAAGAAUCUUCUAUCUUCACUUUGCUACCAAACAGGGGUAUCAGUGUUUCACUGCAUGAAAGGUGAAGAUAACGAACAGUGAUCAAUCUCAUAACUCCUAUAAACAAUACAAAAUAGAGAGUUGGGCAAACACGGACCCCUGGACACACCAGAGGUGGGAUCAGGUGCCUUGGAGGAGUAAGUUUCCCCUGUCGACCGGUCACACCCGCUGUGAGCCCUAUAUCCAAAUCAGGUAAACAGAGUUAUCCGUAGUCAAAAUCAGUGUGCCAAGAACAACCUAACAAUCGGUAUGAAACACGUCAGACAAUAUUUGACCCAAUGAUAGGUUGUAUUGACGAACUAGAUCGUUAAAAUGACCAUAGAAUUUGCGAAAUGCUGACUUUAAACGAGACUGUUGAAACCCCUGCACCUUUAACUUGCUUGCCAGUAGCCUGUCUUGAUUUAAAAACUUAUCAUACGCAGAACAAGCUCUUGCAAAUCGAAUCAUUUGAGAGAUAUAAACACGAUAUGCAGGUGAUAAGAUACAUGUACAUCUUAUUUCAAAACAAUGAUUAAAAAUACUAUGCAUGAUUAGUGGCCCAUAUUGGAAAAUACAUGUACAUUAUUUCUGUAAACUCACAUGAGAAACAAGGCCUCUAGGGAUUACUGGAAUUGUGAAUACUUAUUUCCCCCGAUUCAGGAGUGCAAGCCUUGGCUAUAUAAACAAAAAAUGUAAAUAUCUUCUUUAAACCUAUUAACACGUGUAACGCAGAUGGACUGUAUUGUUGAACAUCUCACUCAAGAAAUUUGGAGAAAAAGAACACAUUAGGAUGUUUGGGAAAUGUCCAAAUUUCUGUUAUCAUAUCAGAAAGCAGGGCUACAGCAUGAAGACAACACUAAUCCCCCAGAAGCAUCAAGCAUGAAGACAACACUAAUCCCCCCAGAAGCAUCUUCAUCUCCUUCAGUCAAACACAAAUAGCAAAUAGUCAUAUCAUCAGCUUGAUUGAAUAUUGUUUAACGUCCCUCUCAAAAUAUUUCUCUCAUAUGGAGACGUCAUCAUUGCCAGUGAAGGGCUGCAAAAUUUAAGCCUAUGCUCGGCGCUUACGUCCUUUGAGUAGGGAGGGAUCUUUAUUGUGCCACAUCUGCUGUGACAUGGUUUUUGCGGUCUUGUAUGAAGGACCGAGGCUGAAUGUUUAGUGAUAAUGACUUGAGAGGGCUCUACCAAAAUUGUGAUAUUUCUGACCUGUAUGUUAAGAGGCCAGGUUCAAGGAUUAGGCUAUAUAGAUCAUAGAGUUUGAAAAAUGAAAUUUUUUAAAAUCAUUUCCUUUACUGCUAUGUUCAUCAAUUUUUGUCCUUUCAUCCUAAUUUGCAUUUACACCACAAGUUUGUAUGAAAGAAUUAUUACAUGUAGAAGAUUAAAAAGUUCAAAUCAAAGGUUGCUUAUGACCAGAAAAUGUGUAAUGACCUUGAACUGAUGUUACCUUGUGAACGUCAAGGCUACUUAUAAAAGAUUUUCCAGGACACAACUUUGUAAUGACAUUUGUCAAGGACAUAAAUUUAUGACUUCAAAUUUUUAAAUUUUAAUAAGAUAAUGCACUUUCUGUUACUAUAUAUUGUGGGUCCCUGACUUGCAAAGACAUUCUUCUGUUAAUUAAAUCUUGUAUGCAAUGCAGUUUUGGGGGGGGGGGGGGGGGGGUGAUUACGUAUGAUGUAUCCAUUUUAAAAAUAAUAUGCCAUUCCAUUUUUUUUUUUUUAAAAUGUUACACGUAUAUAAGUCUUCGAAUGCUUGGUCUUUCAAUUUUUUAUUUCAUGAAUUGUCAAAAUUAGUAUUGUCUUGUAAAUAAAUAUUUAAAAAUAAUAA